UUGCAUUAUUUAUUUUACUGUAAUUUUUUCGUUAUCUAUUCUGUAAUAAUAGAAAAUUGUAAUAAUAUUCACGAAAAAACAUACCUCAAAUGUUAUUUUCAAGUUGAUUGUCUCGAUCUGAUGCGUAGUUUUUCCGCUCUGCAUAAAUAUGUUAAACUUUUUUUUUAAAAGAGAAAAGUCAGCAGGAAUGCUUAGGAGCGGUUCUCCUGCUCUGUAUUGAAUAAGCGAAUUUCAGCCAAGUCUUGUAAUGUCACUGGAAGUAAAGGCAGCUAAAGAAGGAUCCAUCACCAGUAGAGCCUUUUUCCCUUUGGAGUUUAUGCAAAGAUCUCAACUGUCCACAGGAGAUCUCGUCAAGCUGACUAAAAAUGAUCGAACUCUUGUAGUAACUGCUUGGCCUUCAUUACUUAUACACGAUGAAUCUGUUGAGUUAAGCACGGUCGCACGAUUAAGUGGAUCAUUUGAAAUCGGUGAACUUGUUUACUAUGAAAAAGUCCUCGACACUUAUACAGAAGCAACCAAAGUACAAUUGAGCUUUAUAUCGACACCUACAUUUACCAUAGAUCAGAACUUCAGACUUUUCAUCAAGCAAUUUUUAAUUGAACAGAAGUAUAUUACCGAUUUACAGAUACUGGACUUCACAUACCUUGGUUGUAACUGUAGGGUAAAACUGUCGUCUAUCACUACCAAAUAUGCUUGUGAUAUUUAUUUGGUUAAUGAACGUACAAAAAUCAGAGUUGUGGAGGAAGCGAAUGCAAAAACAUCAGAAGAAACGAAACCUUCAUCGGCACUAGCAGCAGAUACUUACGACAACAUAGGCGGCCUCGCAAAGCAAAUUGAAGUUAUACGCGAAACAAUAGAAACACCAUUGAAAAAUCCUGAUAUAUACUUAAAAUUAGGCCUUAAGCCACCACGGGGUGUCUUACUAUAUGGUCCUCCAGGCACAGGCAAAACAUUGAUAGCACGAACAGUUGCUCAUGAAACAGGCGCUCAUUGCAUUGUGGUCAAUGGGCCCGAGGUGGUGAGCAAAUAUUAUGGCGAUACCGAACAAAAACUACGUGACAUAUUUGAAGACGCCGUUGAACAUGCACCCUCCGUCAUCUUCAUUGACGAAAUUGAUGCUUUAUGCCCUAAGCGUGACGAAGCACCCAGCGAACUGGAAAAAAGGGUUGUUACUACUCUACUAACCCUAAUGGAUGGCGCUACCACAGAAAAUAAUCGUGUUGUUGUCAUCGGCGCCACCAACCGACCCAACUCUUUAGAUGAAGCAUUACGAAGGUAUGGUCGCUUUGACGUAGAGAUUGAAAUUCGUAUACCGGAUGCUGCAGGCAGGCUGGAGAUUUUGAAGGCCAUUAUGAAAAAAAUACCAAAUGCACUAAGUGAAGAGGAAUUAGAAUUUUUAUCUGGGAAGUUGCAUGGCUAUGUGGGCGCCGAUAUAGCAGCCUUGUGUAAAGAAGCAGGACUCAACUGUAUCAAGCGUAAUGCUUCUUCUACUUUACAACCAAGCCAACUGUUAGUCAACCUACAGGACAUGCUUGAUGCUGUGGCAGAAAUAAGACCAAGUGCAAUGCGCGAGAUUAUGUUAGAAGUACCAAAAGUAUACUGGGAUGAUAUUGGAGGACAGCAUGAUAUAAAACAAAGAUUGAAAGAAUCUGUUGAGUGGCCAUUGAAGCAUCCUGAGGCAUUUUCAAGGCUAGGUAUACGACCACCGAAAGGCAUUCUUCUGUAUGGUCCGCCUGGUUGUAGUAAAACUCUGAUGGCUAAAGCUCUCGCAACUGAAUGUGGUUCAAAUUUUAUUGCGGUGAAGGGGCCAGAGCUUUUCAGUAAAUGGGUCGGUGAAUCAGAAAAAGCAGUUCGUGAAGUAUUUAGAAAAGCAAGAGCCGCAUCUCCAUCCAUCGUAUUUUUUGAUGAAAUUGAUGCACUCACAGUGAAAAGAGGAUCCUCGGGUGACGGAGGCACUUCCGUAGCUGACCGUGUUUUAUCGCAAUUAUUGAAUGAGCUAGAUGGUGUUGAGCCAUUGGUAAAUGUCACAGUUGUAGCUGCUACGAAUCGCCCAGAUAUAAUAGAUAAUGCUUUACUUCGUCCUGGGCGAAUUGAUAGAAUUCUUUAUGUUGGCCCUCCUGAUAUAGACUCUCGAAGGGAAAUUUUCCGUAUCCAACUGAAAAAGAUGGCAGUAGAUACUGAUGUUGAUAUAGAAGAAAUUGCCAAGAAAAGCAAUGGAUGUUCGGGUGCUGAAGCUAUUGCCAUUUGCCAAGAAGCUGCUUUAUUAGCGAUGGAAGAAGAUGUAAAUAUCGAUUCCGUCAAGAUGAGACAUUUCAACAAAGCUCUGAAUACGUUUAUAAGGCGUAUUACACCCGAGAUGUUACAAUUUUAUAAAAACUUCCAAGAAAAAUCAGGCCUACAAAGCAUUUAACGACAUGCUAAGUUGCUCAAUCUGUUUAUUUAUACCAUUUAAAAUCUACUAGAUUUUAUGACUAUUAUGCCAUAUCUAGAAUCGGUGAAAGCCCUGAAAAUGAUCAUAUGUUCGUUUAAUUACGAAAUUCAGAAACAGCUUAAAUCUUCCAUUGGACAUCUUGUAAAAGGAGUUGAAUAGCUUAAAUUAUGGUAGCCAGAAGUCAAUUUUUGAUUUACUGC